AGAGAGAGAGAGCAUUCUAAAAGUUUUCCAGCGAGAAGUAGUCACAUUCUCCGGCGAACUAACCGGAAUUUUCUCUCCAGUGGUUUUGAGAUUUAGGGAUUGAGAGUGGUUCUUCUCUCUUGCGACUGCAACGAUGACGAGUCUUUUGAAGCCAUCGCCGGGACGACGACGGGGAAGCGAUUUGGAGUCUGGUAAGACUGAUAACGCUGACUCCGAUAGCGAUACUUUCUACAUCCCUUCGAAAAAUGCUUCAAUUGAGCGGCUUCAACAGUGGAGAAAAGCUGCUUUGGUUCUCAAUGCCUCCCGGAGAUUCCGUUACACCUUGGACUUGAAGAAGGAGCAAGAAACGAGGGAAAUGCGACAGAAGAUCAGAAGUCAUGCUCAUGCUCUUUUGGCUGCGAAUCGUUUUAUGGAUAUGGGACGUGAGCAAGGAGGGGAAAAAACAACAGCGCCUGCAACUCCGGCUGGUGAUUUUGGAAUUACACCUGAACAGCUUGUGAUAAUGUCAAAGGAUCACAACACUGGUUCCCUGGAGCAAUAUGGAGGGGCUCAAGGAUUGUCAAAUUUGCUCAAGACAAAUCCAGAGAAAGGUAUCAGUGGAGAUGAUGAUGACUUGCUAAAGCGCAAGACCGUUUAUGGAUCAAACACCUAUCCUCGCAAGAAAGGCAAAGGGUUUCUGAGGUUUCUUUGGGAUGCUUGCCAUGAUCUCACCUUGAUCAUUUUAAUGGUUGCUGCAGUAGCGUCUUUAGCACUUGGGAUAAAAACAGAGGGUAUCAAAGAAGGAUGGUAUGAUGGAGGAAGCAUUGCAUUUGCUGUGAUUCUUGUGGUUGUUGUGACAGGUGUCAGUGACUACAAACAGUCGCUCCAGUUUCAAAACUUGAAUGAUGAAAAGAGAAACAUACAUCUGGAGGUGGUAAGAGGUGGAAGACGAGUGGAAAUUUCGAUCUAUGACAUAGUGGUGGGUGAUGUCAUACCCCUCAACAUUGGCGAUCAGGUUCCUGCGGAUGGAAUCCUGAUAGCUGGCCACUCUCUUGCCCUUGAUGAGUCUAGCAUGACUGGAGAGAGCAAAAUAGUUAACAAAGACGCCAACAAGGACCCAUUCUUAAUGUCUGGCUGUAAAGUGGCAGAUGGAAAUGGUUCUAUGCUGGUUACUAGUGUUGGAGUCAACACUGAAUGGGGAUUGCUGAUGGCCAGUAUUUCUGAAGACAAUGGUGAAGAAACUCCAUUGCAGGUGCGCUUAAAUGGGGUAGCUACUUUUAUUGGUUCAAUUGGAUUAGCGGUUGCUGCUGCUGUACUAGUGAUUCUUCUGACUCGAUAUUUCACCGGUCACACUAAAGCCGCUAAUGGAGGUCCUCAAUUUGUUAAAGGCAAGACAAAAAUCGGUCAUGUAGUUGAUGAUGUGAUCAAAGUCCUUACCGUAGCGGUUACAAUUGUCGUAGUGGCAGUGCCUGAGGGUCUUCCAUUGGCUGUUACUUUAACCCUUGCCUAUUCAAUGAGGAAAAUGAUGGCAGAUAAGGCUUUGGUGAGGAGGCUAUCUGCUUGCGAGACAAUGGGCUCUGCCACCACUAUUUGCAGCGAUAAAACUGGAACACUAACUUUGAAUCAGAUGACAGUGGUUGAGUCGUAUGCUGGGGGCAAAAAAACUGAUACUGAACAAUUGCCAGCAACUAUCACUUCGUUAGUUGUUGAAGGAAUAUCUCAAAACACAACUGGUAGUAUUUUUGUCCCAGAGGGCGGCGGUGAUUUAGAGUACUCUGGUUCACCAACAGAAAAGGCCAUUCUUGGCUGGGGAGUUAAGCUGGGAAUGAAUUUUGAGACAGCCAGGUCGCAGUCUUCAAUCCUUCAUGCUUUUCCAUUUAACUCAGAGAAGAAACGUGGUGGUGUUGCUGUAAAAACGGCUGAUGGUGAAGUUCAUGUUCACUGGAAAGGAGCUUCUGAAAUUGUCCUGGCAUCAUGCAGAAGCUACAUCGAUGAGGAUGGUAAUGUGGCACCAAUGACUGAUGACAAGGCAUUGUUUUUCAAGAAUGGCAUUAACGAUAUGGCUGGAAGAACCUUACGAUGUGUUGCACUCGCCUUUAGAACCUAUGAGGCUGAAAAGGUCCCAACAGGCGAAGAGCUCUCAAAGUGGGUACUCCCAGAGGAUGACCUUAUUUUAUUAGCUAUAGUAGGCAUAAAGGAUCCAUGUAGACCAGGAGUCAAAGAUUCAGUUCAGUUGUGUCAAAAUGCUGGUGUCAAGGUUCGUAUGGUUACUGGUGACAACGUCCAAACUGCCAGGGCUAUUGCCUUGGAAUGUGGAAUAUUAACUUCAGAUUCAGAUCUCUCUGAGCCUACUCUCAUUGAAGGAAAAUCAUUCCGUGCGAUGACUGAUGCAGAAAGGGACAAGAUUAGUGACAAAAUUUCGGUUAUGGGCCGAUCAUCGCCCAAUGACAAACUUCUGCUGGUACAAUCUCUGAGACGACAAGGGCAUAUUGUUGCAGUCACCGGGGAUGGGACAAAUGAUGCUCCUGCGUUGCAUGAGGCAGAUAUUGGUCUUGCUAUGGGAAUAGCAGGAACAGAAGUGGCGAAGGAGAGUUCGGACAUCAUCAUCUUGGAUGACAACUUUGCUUCAGUUGUCAAGGUUGUUCGCUGGGGACGAUCAGUGUACGCCAACAUUCAGAAAUUCAUCCAAUUUCAGCUCACAGUCAAUGUCGCUGCUCUCAUAAUUAACGUUGUAGCUGCUAUUUCGAGUGGGGAUGUCCCACUUACAGCUGUGCAGCUUCUCUGGGUUAAUCUGAUAAUGGACACUCUUGGAGCAUUGGCUUUGGCUACUGAACCACCCACUGAUCACCUCAUGGGGAGGCCUCCAGUUGGCAGAAAAGAACCUCUUAUUUCCAACAUCAUGUGGAGAAACUUGUUGAUCCAGGCUAUCUAUCAAGUGAGUGUAUUGUUAACACUCAAUUUCCGAGGCAUAAGCAUACUUGGCCUGGAGCAUGAAGAGCAUGCACACGCCACCAGAGUGAAGAACACAAUAAUCUUCAACGCCUUUGUUCUCUGCCAAGCUUUCAAUGAGUUCAAUGCUCGUAAACCAGAUGAGAAGAACAUCUUCAAAGGUGUGAUCAAGAAUCGUCUCUUUAUGGGAAUAGUUGUCAUAACUCUCGUCCUCCAGGUUAUCAUUGUUGAGUUCCUCGGUAAAUUUGCUUCCACGACGAAACUUGACUGGAAACAAUGGCUAAUCUGUGUUGGCAUCGGUGUUAUCAGUUGGCCACUUGCUUUGGUCGGGAAAUUCAUUCCGGUGCCGGCAGCUCCUUUAAGCAACAAACUGUCAGCACUGAAAUGCUGGGGCAAGAAGAAAAAGUCUUCUGGAGAAGGUUCCCUCUGAUUUGGAGGCCGGUUUAUCUCAGACACUCGUGAGCUCGUUUGAUACUUUAUUAGGACUAACAAAAAAAGCGUUUGGUU